AUGGCGAGUCCUAGCUUAAAGCGAGGAGCUGGUCACCUAUCGACCCCAGCAGCCGACGCGAAAAAAUCGAAGGCCAAUGGUAGCAUAACCUCUUUCUUCGGUGCACCAAAAUCUAGCCCAACGGCCACCGCGACGACAAAGACAGCGGCCCCUGCCCGAGUUUCCUCAAGCUUCAACAAGCAGAAAUGGGUGGCUACAUUGACUGCCGAGCAGAAGGAGCUUCUCCAGCUUGAGAUUGACACUAUGGAUGAGAGUUGGCUUGCGCAUCUCAAGGAGGAAAUUGUCAAACCCGAGUUUCUGGCGUUGAAACGGUUCCUCCAGAAAGAGAAGCAGUCGGCUACGGUCUUCCCUCCUGAGGAGGAUAUAUAUUCUUGGUCUCGUCAUACUCCGCUACACAGCGUCAAGGUAGUCAUCAUCGGCCAGGACCCGUACCACAACUACAACCAGGCACACGGCCUAGCAUUCUCAGUUCGCCCACCGACCCCUGCGCCCCCGUCCCUCGUCAAUAUAUACCGUGGGAUCACAAAUGACUACCCAUCAUUUCAAAUUCCUCCAAACAAGGGCGGCCUAUUGACACCAUGGGCAGAACGUGGUGUGUUGCUUCUCAACACUUCGCUCACCGUCCGAGCACACCAGGCGGCGAGCCAUUCUAAUAAGGGCUGGGAGCGACUGACCCAGAAGGCAAUCGAUAUCGUAACACGUGUUCGGACCCGCGGGGUAGUUUUUAUGGCCUGGGGUGCACACGCUGGAAAGCGGGUUACGGGCAUCAAUUCCGACAAACACUGUAUCUUGCAAUCUGUUCACCCGAGUCCGCUAAGUGUUCAUAAAGGCUUUCUUCAAAACCAGCACUUCAAAAAGUGCAACGAGUGGCUGGCUGAGCGAUACGGUUCCGACGGAGUCAUUGACUGGAGUUUAACUGCUGCGAAAGAGAAGACAUUUACAGCGCCUCUAGCGGUGGUUCAGAGCUCGUCAGUGGUAGUAAAUAAAUCGACAGCCUCGCCUUCGCAGGAUGGGAACCGAACAGUGACCGAGUCGACAAAGGAGAUCUUGGUUGCAACGAAGGCAAACACAAGCACGCAAGACGAUGACGAGUUUGAUGAAGACCUCGAUGCACUGGAAGCGCUCGCCGCCGCCACCGAUGAAUCUUCAUCUAAAUCCUGA